GGUCAAGAUAACGGGCAUUUGACAGCACAGCAAAUUCUGUCAAGUUUACAUGCGUUAUAUUUUUAUUCGUCUUAACAACUUAAGUUACUUGAAAAGAUUUUACUUGAAAGGUUUGUUAAUACAGAUUAAUAUUAAAAUGCAUCUGUUGGUUCUAUGCGCGUCUGUUAUUCUGGUGCCUUUGCUAUGUGAUGCGCGGAUCUCUAAGCGUUAUGUGAUCGGUUGUCCGGAGCGCUGCGAUAAGAGUCGGUGUCCGCCCAUACCGGCCGACUGUCUGGCCGGAGACAUCCUGGACCAGUGCGACUGCUGCCCGGUGUGCGCGGCCGGCGAGGGUGAGCCCUGCGGCGGUACAGGGAAGCUGGGAGACCCGGAGUGUGGAGAGGGUCUGGACUGCGCUGUGUCUGAGGGGGUCGGACCAACGACUACCGUGAGGAGGAGAGGAAAGACCGGCGUGUGCGUGUGUAAGAGCUCUGAGGCCGUCUGUGGCAGUGAUGGGGUGUCCUACAGGGACAUCUGCGAACUCAAGAGAGUCAGUAACCGGGCACAGAAACUCCAGCAGCCGCCCAUCAUCUUCAUCCAGAGAGGUGCCUGCGGGAAAGGCCACGAGGAGAAUCCAGAUAGCCUCCGGCACAGAUAUAACUUCAUCGCUGAUGUGGUGGAGAAGAUCGCUCCAGCUGUGGUUCACAUUGAGCUGUUCCGCAAAAUGUUGUUCACCAAGCGGGAAGUGGCAGUUGCCAGUGGCUCUGGUUUCGUGGUGUCUGAAGAUGGCCUGAUUGUAACCAAUGCCCAUGUGGUAGCCAACAAACACCGGGUGAAGGUCGAACUGAAGACCGGCGCCACCUAUGAAGCCAAAAUCAAAGAUGUGGAUGAGAAAGCAGACAUUGCUCUAAUCAAGAUAGAUGCUCCGAUGAAACUACCAGUUCUGUUGUUGGGUCGGUCAGCUGAUCUGAGACCGGGCGAGUUCGUGGUCGCUAUCGGCAGUCCGUUCUCCCUUCAGAACACAGUGACUACAGGCAUCGUCAGCACCACCCAGAGAGGCGGCAAAGAGCUGGGCCUGCGUAACUCUGACAUGGACUACAUCCAGACAGAUGCCAUCAUCAAUUACGGUAAUUCAGGAGGGCCUCUGGUGAACCUGGAUGGUGAGGUGAUAGGAAUCAACACACUGAAGGUGACAGCAGGAAUAUCCUUCGCUAUUCCUUCUGACAAGAUCCGACAAUUCCUGGCUGAGUCUCACGACAGACAGGCUAAAGGAAAAACAGCCACAAAGAAGAAGUAUAUCGGUGUAAGAAUGAUGACAUUAACCCCAAUGCUUGCUAAGGAGCUAAAGGAAAAACAGAGUGAUUUCCCAGAUGUCACCUCUGGAGCGUAUGUCAUUGAAGUUAUCCCGAAAACACCAGCUGAAGUUGGCGGUCUGAAGGAGAGUGACGUCAUAAUCAGCAUUAACGGUCAGAGGAUCACGUCAGCAAGUGACGUCAGCACAGCCAUCAAGAAAGAUGACACUCUGAGAGCAGUGGUACGACGUGGCAAUGAAGACGUCAUCCUCACAAUCAUUCCUGAAGAGAUUGACCCUUGACCUCCCUCAUGCUCACCCAUGAGCUGGUUCUCAGACUUUUACUGAGUGUGUCGGGAGCCACACUCAUUCUAGAAACAUAGUGAACACUUUUCAGUCCAACCAUCAUCCAACCUGAAUAUUGUUCUCAGCUUAGAACAGGAAAUGUCCUUUCUCACUUUUCCCCCAUAUCACCCAUGUUAUUGUCUGUUUAUUCAUUAAUAUACCAUGUUAGAAUGAACCCUUUGUAAAUAAAUAUGAGAAUUUAGUGCUGGCUAGUUCACUAUAAAACUCCGAAAUGUAUAUAAUUUCUCUGUUCCAAAACCUAGUAAGCAGCCUAAGCAGGAUUUUGUGAUGAGCAGAAUGAUUCCAUUCAAGAUGGUGAAAAAGAAAAUACAUGUUGAUUAUAAUCUUAUAUUGUAUUCAUUACUGAAAAGUAUCUACUAAAAUAAUUCAGUGUAAUUAAAAAUAAUUGUUUUACCCAAUUCUACUGUAUGUGUGCACUUUUUUUUUUUGGGUGGAUUGAUUGCCAUUUUUAUAACCAUAGUUUUACUACAAAUACCAUGGUUAAACUAUGGUUUGUGUACCAAAACAUGGAUAAUUUGUGGUUUAACUUCAAUAACCAGGAUUUUUUGGUUUUAUUUUGGUUUUCAUAAGGGUUAGCCUACUCUGAUAGCACAUUUAUGCUGUGUAGAUGUCUUUUUGAUGUGCACUUUUCAUCUCGUUUCAACUGCAUUAUGUCUUUCUCUAAAAUGUUUCCUGUCCGAGGUUAAAAAAGACGUAGAAAAUGUCUUUAAGAUGUUUACGGUUUAGAAUGUAUGAAAACAGAUGUCUUGGAGAUAUAUGUGUGCUAUCUGGGUAGAGUAUUAUGCUGUUAGCUUAGCAACAUGCUAGCGGCUAAAUACUGAAAUCAGUGAGUCUCCUGUGAGUUAGAUUGCGUGCAGAGUUGCUGUGUUCCAAAUCGGUUACAUGGCGGCCAGUUCACUAGGUUUUGGAACAGAGCUUAUAUUUCAUUCUUAUGUAUACAUCAGCAAGGUAUCAAAAUUUUGUCUGUAUUUAGCUUUCUUCAUUUUUUUUUUUUUUAUAUUUACACUCAGAUCUCAAAUUUGACAUCAUUUAAAAAAAAUUGUGUGCCAUUAGAGCAUGACUGUUAUCUUGGAAUACCUUCUCUUCCUUAAAUGUUUGUGUCUGUGUUUGUCAGACGGCAAUUUCAGAAACGAAAUUAAAGAUGGUUAACGUUUUUAAA